AUGGGAUAUACAUAUGUAGUAUUGACCGCCCCGUGGCCUUCAAUAUUGAUUCUGGACACCAUCUUGACACAUGGCUUUGAGUGUUUGACUAGAGAACCUCAAAAUUGCGUCACUGCCAGAGCGUUGAAUUACAAAGGCAAUCGCUCUGAACGUCCCGAAAUCGCCGAUUACGAUUCGUCUCGUUACAUAACUCGAAAUGGGCCUGAGAGUAUUCGUGUGAGAAUACACGUGGGCAUCAGGCUUGUUAUUGUCACCCUCAUGCGGUGUGUAAUGGUAUCAGCAGGUGGUGGUUCUGCAGUUGUCUGUGGGCCAGUUUGGGACUCUCAGCUUGAUGAUAUCCUACUGGAAUUGAUUGUACUACGUAAUGUCAAAAAUUCACUUUGUACCAAGUCUGCAAAAAGUAUCAUGAAUUAG